GGCCGUUCGGGGCCGCGGCUCGCCCGUGCGGGUUCCCCCUGUGCCGCGGCAGCGCUCUGCGUGCUGCGCGACCCGCCCGGCUGAGCCCCGCUGCCUGCGCGGCCCUGCUGGCACGGAGGCGCCGCGGCAGGGCCUGGCACCGAGCGCUGUGGGGAGCCGCGGUGGGAGGGGGGGCUGAGGGCUCCCUCCAUUCAGCUCUUCUCUCCCUGCCUGCCGGUGCUCGGGGAGUGUUGCCCGUGCUGCACACGCCUGGCUGCGUGGGGUGUUUAGCCGUGGGGUGCAGGAGGGCCCCCCACGCUGAUUCCUUCCAGCGCUGAGCGCCCAGAGCUGAGUCGGGCGUGGGAAAAGCAGCCCCCGAGUGUUUGCUGGAGCGUUUCAUCCUGUGGCUGAGUCCCUGCAUCCCCAAACUCUGCUUUUGAUGUGUUGGGACAUCAAAGCGAGUGUCUUACAAAUGGUGGGGCGCGGAGAGUUCACAGGUGUUGGUUGUGCUUAACAGCGUAUCUGAGUGGGAGAGAAAAUGGCCAUUAAUCUCCAUUAGUUUUAUAUUGAUUCAAGCCUUCUGUUGGCUUUUCCCCUGACUCUUGCAAGAAUGGUACAGAAAGCUCUCCCUAAUUAAACCAAAGAAGGCACUGCAUGACCAUAACUGAACAAUGUCUGUCCCACGUGGAGCUGUCCAUGCAAAAUGGAUAGUGGGGAAAGUGAUUGGGACCAAAAUGCAGAAAACUGCCAAAGUGAGAGUGACGAGGCUCGUGCUGGAUCCCUACUUGCUAAAGUUCUUUAACAAAAGAAAAACCUAUUUUGCCCAUGACCCACUGCAGCAGUGUGUUGUUGGAGACAUUGUUCUUCUGAAAGCUCUGCCCGAGAGAAGGAGCAAACACGUGAAACACGAACUGGCUGAAAUUGUGUUCAAGGUUGGCAAUGUCAUAGAUCCCAUCACAGGAAAGCCCUGUGCAGGAACCAGAUUCCUGGAAAACCUGUCAGAUUCAGAAAACCUCACCGAGGCAGAUACCACCUAUCUAAGUGAGAAACUUCAGGAACUUAAAGUUUGUUCAACAGACAAAUAGCGGGGGAGAUAUUUUAAGCAGAGGGCUUCCAGCUUUUGUGUCUCUCUGUCAGGGAUGUUUGAGGCCCUGCUGUGAUACGUUAAAUGUUUCAGUGAAAUUUGUAGUCAAAAUAAAUAGUAAAUGUAGUUGCUUAUGCAAAGAGAUGUUGCAGAUUGAUGGGCACCUGGAGCUUUGAAGGAAAAUACAGAGAAAAAAUGCAAGUUUAGUGUUCACACUUCAUUUUGUUGCCUGUAGUUUUGCCCCAGUGACAGUUCCCAAAGGCAGCUGCCCUCCUGGGAUGACCUCUCUGUGUUAAGACAAGACUACAGCUGUGUGAUGUUUCAUUUUGGUGGGAGGGUCAGUAUAUUAUUUGAUUGUUCUGUAUUUCAGGCGGUCUUUUGUGGUUGGUAGGGUUACUGGAGAUGAUGCUAUUAAAGCUUUUGAAAGGAAGUGUAGAAUUUUAAAACCAGCUGCAUGCUUGUGUCCUUAUUUCCUCUUACAGUGCCUUCUGACUUCCGAACUCUAACAAAAACAGCCCUUUGCCUUUAUAGUGGCAGAGAGGUGAGAAUCAAAGCUUUGGGCAGCUCGGUGUGGCUGGCUCUGUCCCCUGUCCAAAGGCAGGAUUUCACUCUGGGAGAGCUGGAUCUCUGAGCUGCCAGCAGGACAGGGGAGCUGACGGGGAUACAAAGCCUAGAAGUGAUUAGCUUUUCUGCUGAGACUAAAUCUAAUUAAAAUAAGACAUUUUGGGGAGCUAGAGGGGCUGGUUUGCUGCAUGCUUUACUGUGGAGCUAAAGGGCAGAGCAGUUAGUGAUGAGAGAUGGCUUUAUCUGGUGCAGCUCUGGGGAUCUCAUGUCCUCUCCCCCAGGGCAUGCAGCAAGCUGAGAGCCUGCAGCUGUUGCAGCAGCCUCGUGUUCUGACUUGGGAUCUAAAAGGGCAUCUGCCUCAAAAUGUGUAGGUGUGGGAGGGGAGAGUGGGAUAUGAGAGCUGUGAGAAAUCCUUUCCAAAGUGUCUCUUGGUCUGUAGGAUCAGAAGCAAAACAAGAUGUAUCAGACCUAAAAUCUUAUCCUCUAACCUAAAAUAUCUUAACUUCAAGCAACUGAGUAGCUUCCAGUUGUGUUUUCUGCUGUUGUCACAUUAUUAAAGAUCAUUUUCCCUUUAA